UAAAAAGGAAAUGCCUCAAUCAGUAGUUUGAUGUGGUUCCCAAGUUCAUGUCAAGUCCACCAAUUGUCUUGCUGCCCCAGUCAAGGUGAUAACGACACAGGGCCAAAGGGUUAUCAUCUAUGAUUUGACUGCUCUCGGGCUAGACAGAUCCCAACUCUCACUAUAUCUGAAGCAGCCGCAGGGAAAGCCGACUCAAAAUGUUCUCACUCGUUAGAGGAGUUACCCGGACAGGUUUCUGUUGCGUCAAAAACUCGCGACUUUUGACAACUGUGACGCCGCCAAGGGAUCGUUCUCGAGAGCAGCAAGUCCAGGAACAGCAGCAAAGAAAUGCUGAGGCUGGUCACCUCACAGAACUUGUCCGCGACUUCCUCGACCCUGGAGAGUUCUACCAGGCUGUCCGAGACAUUGGAAUCGACUUUUUCUGCGGGGUGCCGGACUCAUUGCUCAAAGAUUUCUGUGCUUUCGUGACGAGCAACGUGCCAGCUUCGAACCACAUCAUCGCCUCGAACGAAGGCAAUGCCGUGAGUAUUGCGGCCGGAUACCACCUGGCCACCAACAAAUCCGCUCUUGUUUAUUUGCAAAAUUCUGGCUUGGGGAACACAGUGAAUCCACUUGUUUCAAUGACCUCGCGGGAGGUGUACAGCAUGCCGCUGUUGCUGUUGGUCGGUUGGCGCGGUGAGCCAGGCAAGAGGGAUGAACCACAGCACCUGCUGCAGGGCCAGGUUACCCCUGGCUUGCUGGCUGCACUGGGAAUCCCCUUCCAGUCUCUGCCGGACUACUUCGAGGGCGCCAGGGAUGCGUUGUACACGGCCAAGAAGCACAUGCAGCACAAUAACAGCGCCUACUGCCUGCUUGUCAAGAGGCAGACCUUCUUGCCCCACGUGCUGCCACCCCCGCCUGCCAAGUGUCCUCUAAAGAGAGAGGACGCUGUGAAGCUGGUCGUGGCCAACCUCAAGGACCGCGACGUCGUCGUCUCCACCACCGGCAUGUUGUCCAGGGAGCUUUUUGAGUACAGGAAGUCAGUCAGUCAGGGUCACGAGCGCGACUUCCUGACGGUGGGCUCGAUGGGACACGCGUCCAGCAUUGCGCUGGGCAUUGCGAUUCAAAGACCAAAGAGACAGAUAUUUUGCAUCGACGGUGACGGGAGCGUGAUCAUGCACAUGGGAGCGCUUGCAGUCAUUGGACAAACAGAGCCGCAGAAUUUCAAACACAUUAUCAUCAACAAUGGAACCCACGACUCAGUCGGGGGCCAGCCAUCAGCAGCACUCGACGAGAACAAAUUCCAGCUCGUGAAAAUUGCUUUGGCUUGCGGCUAUAAAGAGGCCCGAUCCGCAACAACGCUUGAGGAAAUUAAAGCGGGAGUGGAAUGGAUGCACUCAACCAAGGGACCAAUAGCGCUUGAGAUCAAAGUGUCACCUGGAAGCAGGAAGAAUCUGGGCCGGCCAACUAGAACGCCGAUUCAGAACAAAAAAGACUUCAUGCACUUCUUGGCGCUGAGUUAGUUGCAUAAAUAACUACCCUUGAACAGGAUAUGCCAUCAGACUCCACGGUGCAAUAAUUUCUGUGAUGCCACUAACAUAUUGUUUCAGCAGCGUAUUAAUUACUUGUUAAGGCCGCACCUAUUGCCCUGGUUUGUGCGCACGUCGUCAAAUGAAUAAAACCAAUUUUCUUUUGCAAAUCUC